AUGAGAUCCGCUCCAGAGCUUCCCGUCCGUGUGUUGACCCAUAACAUCCGGUAUGCCACCAGCUCCCCAGUCAAAGGAGAGCUGCGCUGGGCCCAACGCAAGCAACGGCUGCUAAACGAGCUCGAGUAUCAUACUCGUCAUGUUGGCGACACCUUCAUCUGUCUGCAGGAGGUACUUCAUAGUCAGCUCGAAGACAUCCAUGCGGGACUAAAUCCAGGGGCGGUCUCCUCAGUCCUGGACUGGGCGUUUAUUGGAGUCGGUCGGGACGACGGCUAUCAGGCGGGUGAGUAUUCUCCCAUCUUUUAUCGGCCCUCGGUGUGGGACCUUCAGGGAUGGGAGACAGUGUGGUUGUCCGAGACUCCUUCGAAGCCCUCCAAAGGCUGGGACGCCGCUUGCAUUCGCAUUGUCACCAUCGGUGUUUUCACUCACCGCGGGAGUGGCAACACGGUUCUCGCCAUGAACGCUCACUUAGAUCAUCGGGGAUCACGCUCCCGUUUGGAGGCCGCGCGUAUCAUCCGGGCCAAGAUCCAUGAGUACCGCCAGGGCAAGUUUGGGCGCCUAAUCGCAGGCACGUUGUUGGCUGGUGAUCUGAACAGCCAGGAGGAUCAAGAAGCUUAUUCUGAUUUGACCGGAUCUGGGGAUCUGCAAGAUACCUAUAGGUUGGUUGAUACUUCUCGCCGAUAUGGCAACCACAAUACCUUCACCGGGUUUGGGUAUGAGAAAGAGCCACCCUCGCGGAUUGAUUACGUUCUCCUAGCUUCUGAGGGAAGCCAGACAUGGAGAGUAGACGGUUAUUCUGUCAUGGCCAACCGGUUCGAUGAUGGGAUAUUUGACUCGGAUCAUUGUGCCGUCAUUGCGGAUCUCAGGCUGGUGGGCUAG